GACAAAUUUAGAAAUAAGAGAAGUGAUUUCAAAGGAAACAAAGCAGAACCCACACCAGCCGGCGAUCUCUGCUGACAUCCUCUUGAUUCCUGUAAAUACUCCGCAAACCCUCGACUCCUGAGAACUAAGGGGAGUCGGGGGGUGGGGGAGACAGCCGAGAAGGAAAUGCAUUAAGCUUGCACUUCGGAGGCGGCGUGGGGGUGCCGGCCUGCCGCCUCCCUGGACUCCCUCCGGGGACUGUUCCUCGGGAAGGAGUCGGUCCUCCUCGCGGCCGGCAGGGCGCUGCUUCCCCGAAGGUGCAGCAACCCCGGGCUGAGACGCGAGGCCAGGAGGCCGCUCAUCUGUUGCACCAGCGCCCAGCUGGGGCCGCCGGGCAUCGGCUCAGAGGCCAGUGGCGACUGCCGGGGCUUUAGGGAAAUAAAGGGAAUCGAGUGGAAGCCGAAGGUCCUUGAGCCGGACACUCGCUGGCUAAGACGACGCGUGGAGGCCACUCUAUUUUACAAUGGACUCGAGUCCCAGGAUGUAGACCGACCGAGCCUCUGGGAGUGACCGGCUGGGAGCCACGGAGUCGCAGGUCCAGCGAAGACAGAAGGAAAGCGCGUGGCAUGAAGCAUGGCUCAGUUUUACUACAAAAGAAACGCCAAUGCCCCCUACCGAGACCGCAUCCCUCUGCGCAUCGUCCGGGCGGAGUCGGAGCUCUCGCCGUCCGAAAAGGCCUAUUUGAACGCCGUGGAAAAGGGGGAUUAUGCCAGUGUCAAGAAGUCCCUGGAGGAAGCGGAAAUUUAUUUCAAAAUCAAUAUCAACUGCAUCGAUCCUCUCGGAAGAACUGCUCUGCUGAUUGCGAUAGAGAAUGAGAACUUGGAGCUCAUCGAAUUGCUCUUGAGUUUCAACGUCCACGUGGGGGACGCCCUGCUCCACGCCAUCAGGAAAGAAGUCGUGGGCGCCGUCGAGCUGCUGCUGAACCACAAGAAGCCCAGCGGGGAAAAACAGGUGCCCCCCAUACUCCUCGAUAAGCAGUUCUCCGAAUUCACUCCGGACAUCACGCCGAUCAUUCUGGCAGCCCACACAAAUAAUUACGAGAUAAUAAAACUGUUGGUUCAGAAAGGAGUCUCGGUGCCCAGACCCCACGAGGUCCGCUGCAACUGUGUGGAGUGUGUGUCCAGUUCCGACGUGGACAGCCUCCGCCACUCGCGCUCCAGGCUCAACAUCUACAAGGCGCUGGCCAGCCCCUCCCUCAUCGCGCUGUCCAGCGAGGACCCCUUCCUCACCGCCUUCCAGCUGAGCUGGGAGCUCCAGGAGCUGAGCAAGGUGGAGAACGAGUUCAAGUCUGAGUACGAAGAGCUGUCUCGGCAGUGCAAACAAUUUGCUAAAGACCUCCUGGAUCAGACGAGGAGCUCCAAGGAGCUAGAGAUCAUCCUCAAUUACCGAGAUGACAAUAGCCUCAUAGAAGAGCAGAGUGGAAAUGACCUGGCCAGACUCAAACUGGCCAUUAAGUACCGCCAGAAAGAGUUCGUGGCCCAGCCCAACUGCCAACAGCUGCUGGCCUCCCGCUGGUACGACGAGUUCCCCGGGUGGAGGCGGAGACACUGGGCCGUGAAGAUGGUGACCUGCUUCAUCAUAGGCCUGCUCUUCCCCGUCUUCUCCGUGUGCUACCUGAUCGCUCCUAAGAGCCCCCUGGGACUGUUCAUCCGAAAGCCAUUCAUCAAGUUCAUCUGCCACACUGCGUCCUAUCUGACGUUUUUGUUUCUGCUGUUGCUGGCUUCCCAGCACAUCGACAGGUCAGACUUGAACCGGCAAGGGCCGCCACCAACCGUCGUCGAGUGGAUGAUAUUACCGUGGGUCCUGGGUUUCAUCUGGGGGGAAAUCAAGCAGAUGUGGGACGGUGGCCUUCAGGAUUACGUCCACGACUGGUGGAACCUGAUGGACUUCGUGAUGAACUCCUUGUAUCUGGCGACAAUCUCCUUGAAAAUCGUGGCGUUUGUGAAGUACAGCGCCCUCAACCCCCGAGAGUCCUGGGACAUGUGGCACCCGACCCUGGUGGCCGAGGCGCUGUUCGCCAUCGCCAACAUCUUCAGCUCGCUGCGCCUCAUCUCGCUGUUCACCGCCAACUCGCACCUGGGGCCCCUGCAGAUCUCGCUGGGCCGGAUGCUGCUGGACAUCCUGAAGUUCCUGUUCAUCUACUGCCUCGUGCUGCUGGCCUUUGCCAACGGCCUCAAUCAGCUGUACUUCUACUACGAAGAGACGAAGGGGCUGAGCUGCAAGGGCAUCCGCUGUGAGAAGCAGAACAACGCGUUUUCAACGCUCUUUGAGACGCUCCAGUCCCUGUUCUGGUCCAUAUUCGGGCUCAUCAACUUGUAUGUGACCAACGUGAAGGCCCAGCACGAGUUCACGGAGUUCGUGGGCGCCACCAUGUUCGGGACGUACAAUGUCAUCUCUCUGGUUGUCCUGCUCAACAUGUUGAUAGCCAUGAUGAACAACUCCUACCAACUUAUUGCUGACCACGCAGACAUCGAGUGGAAGUUCGCUCGAACGAAGCUCUGGAUGAGCUACUUUGAAGAAGGUGGCACCCUGCCCACGCCCUUCAACGUCAUCCCCAGCCCCAAGUCCCUCUGGUACCUGGUCAAGUGGAUCUGGACACACCUGUGCAAGAAAAAGAUGCGAAGAAAGCCCGAGAGCUUCGGGACGAUAGGGAGGCGAGCGGCUGAUAAUUUGAGACGACACCACCAGUAUCAAGAGGUGAUGAGGAGCCUGGUGAAGCGGUACGUGGCCGCGAUGAUCCGAGACGCCCGCACGGAGGAGGGUCUGACCGAGGAGAACUUCAAGGAACUGAAGCAGGACAUCUCCAGUUUCCGCUUCGAAGUCCUGGGGUUGCUAAGAGGAAGCAAACUGUCUCCGGUCCAGCCCGAUCCAGCCCCAAAGGGCUGUUCCUAUUCCGCGGACUCGGAGGACAGGAGUGACGAAGGCGCCGGCAGAGACAAGAAGAAGAACUUCAGCCUCUUCGACCUGACCACCCUGAUCCACCCGCGCUCCGCGGCCAUCACGGCCGAAAGGCACACUGUGAGCAACGGCUCCGCCCUGCUGGGGCAGGAGCUCCCUCCGCGGGAGAAGCAGAGGAAAAUGAAUUUCGUGACCGACAUCAAGCACUUCGGCUUAUUUCACAGACGAUCCAAACACAGCGCUGCCGAGCAACAGCACACAAACCAGAUCGCAUCUGUUUCCGAGGAGGUGGCCCGUCUGCAGGCCGAGGGGUCCCUGGAGAGAACCGGCCAGCUGGAAGCUCGGGGGCUGGCCGCCCGGGGCGAGCGCGGCAUCCCCGGGCUCAGCGAACAGUGCGUCCUGGUGGACCACCGCGAGCGGAGCACGGACAGCCUGCCCGUGCAGGUGGGCAGGCGGAUCUGCCCCUUCAAGUCCGAGAAGGCGGUGGUGGAGGACACCGUGCCCAUCAUUCCCAAGGAGAGGCGCAGCCGGGGGGAGGACUCCAGCUCAGACUACGACGCCGCCCUCUCCGACACUGUCGCCCGCGAAGAUUACGUGACCACCAGGUUGUGACGCUUGGAGGAGGGGCGUGCGUCAUACGUAUUUUCCGCAGGGCACGGAGCUGGGGGCCGGUGUCUCGAAGUAAAUUAGCAAAUGUUAACUUACACUGUAUAGCAUUUAUCAACUGCGGCACCAUAACCUGUAACAUCUUUAAAGCAAAAGCUGUCCGAAAGACAAAAACCCCUGGCUUUGUAGCCUGCUUUUGCUUUCACAAUUUGUUUGACAAUCUUUUUUGGUUAAUAAAUAAAUUCACCUUGUAUU